AUGAGUGAACACGUGGACAUCGAGCAGAAACCUCUCACGCUGGAUGAAGAAAUAGAAAACUUGUCUCACGAAGACCUGUUAGAGAUAUCUCAGAGCAGUCUGCGGCGAUUGAUAGCUGCAGACCCACUACUUUGCGAUUUACCUGUGGACGUGACCACAGAGGAAGUCUUGGCACAAAUCGCUGUGGCCCAGGGCCAGUCUAUAACGGUUACCGUUACGAGAUAUUCUGAAAGUCCACUGAACGUUGUUAUACCUCAAAGAGGGACUACGGUCUUGGAUUUAAAGAAGGCUAUAAAGAGAACGUUCACUUUGAAACAGCAACGGCAGAGAAGCAAAACUAAGAUAAGUUGGAGGUAUGUUUGGAGGACUUAUAAUUUGCAGAAUGUUGAAACUGGCAGGGUUAUGAAAGACAACACGAAAGAAGUGUCAGAAUAUGGAAUUGUGAAUAAGUCUGAGUUGAGGUUUGUCAAGAAACUGCGGAAAGACCGUCCCGAGACAUGCUAA